AUGAAAAUACAAUUUUCAGUUCAAAAACUUUUCCAGGAACAAGGAGACUCCGAAAAGUUUCCAACAGUUUUUAAAGCGGAACAAAAAGUUCCACACUUGGAUGAGUGUCAUCUUGAACCGUCAUAUUAUUGCGGCAUUAAAUUGAAGAAUCAGCAGUGUUUCAUUAAGUACAAAGAGAUGAUCGUCAAAACAAUUUUAAAUUAA